GUUUGAACUAAGUUUCUCAGCCAGCUUGCUAACUUAAAAAGAGCAACACGAACGCACAAUGAAAGGAUUUUUGAUGAAAGCAAUAGCUUUAUAAUGACUAGGAAAAAACAGUAGCCGCAUUAUGUGUACAUAAUGUUCAAGCUGACUGGCAGAGCCACGUGAAACACUGAACUAAAGCAAAACAGCAUUCAUUUCAACGAAACUGCUAGAGAUCAUCGCAAAUUCUCCGCCAUGUGACUGGCUCUGUCACUGCGUCCAGAGGGUGGGAAUAUUGAUGUCUCGAUGGUACAGCGCAACAGAAUGAGACUGGUGGCUUUCAAGUACGUUACGCGCACACAAAGCAGGCAAACAGUACCUUAGGAUUUGAAAGCAUGCUCGGAAAGGGAGGCGGAGUGACGUUUUCCAAAGUGACUGAAUCGAACGCUUAAAAAGCAAACAUUCAGAGGACGGAGAAGGAACGAUAAAGGUGGUGCGGUGAUGUCCACUGUGGACGGUACCAUGUGAAAAAUGAGUAUCAUGAAGCCCACACGCAAGCUGCUGUUCCUCUUGUGUCCCAUGCUGGUCCUGGGAUUCAUCUACUACUCCUCCGGGAAGCUGCACCUGCACGUCUGGGGCCAGAAGCCAGACAAAUCUUCCCCACAGAUAAAUGACUCCGCCGUUGCCAUGACGGUGAGAACAGCCCAAGCCCGAGGGCGAGAUAAAGCUAAGGAACCCGCAGCCCCCCCGAAAAAGGCCAAAGAGCCCGUGGUGGAAACCCUAAACACCGUGGGACAAGUGGUAGGCCCAGCGUACGAUAAGCAGGGAUUCUUGCUGACUCUGGACGGAAAGCUGUCCCAGGAGCUGAUCUACAAGUACGGCAACCUCAGCGAGGGAGCCUGCAAGCCGGGCUACGUAGCGGCCAAGAUGACCGCCAUCUACCCAAAGUUCACGAAGCCUGCCCCCAUGUUUCUAGACAAGAAUUUCAAGCGUCUCGGCAAAGUCAGUGUUUACUCCCCUCCGUUUGGAUUCAAAACGCAAGAAAGAGUCAUAGACAUUAUUUUAACAGCAACAAAGAAUUAUGGGCUGGGCACAGAACUGGAUAGUUUGAGUUGUAAAAGAUGCAUUAUCGUGGGAAACGGAGGCAUCCUCGCCAACAAGUCUUUGGGGUCCCAAAUCGAUGAGUACGACGUUGUCGUGAGGUUAAACGAGGCGCCAGUGAACGGCUUCCAGAAGGACGUGGGGUCCAAGACCACCAUCCGCAUCACCUACCCCGAGGGCGCCAUCCAGAAGCCCGAGCGCUACGAGAAGGACUCCCUCUUCGUCUUCUCCGCCUUCAAGCCGCAGGACUUCCGGUGGCUCCGGCAGAUGGUGUUCAAGGAGAAGCUGAGGACAGAAGGCUUCUGGAAGUCUGUGGCCCAUCACGUGCCCAAGGAUCCCUCGGACAUGCGCAUCCUCAACCCCUACUUCAUCCAGGAGGCGGCCUUCCAGUUCAUCGGCCUGCCGCUCAACAACGGGAUCAUGGGGAGGGGGAAUAUACCAACACUGGGGACCGUUGCCAUAACGAUGGCCCUCCAUAACUGCGACGAGGUUGCCGUGGCUGGAUUCGGGUAUGACAUGAACACCCCCCACGCCCCCCUGCACUACUACGAGACGGUCAAGAUGUCGGCCAUCAAAGAGUCUUGGACUCACAAUAUUUCGAAAGAGAAGGAGUUCCUGCGCAAGCUGGUGAAGGCCAAGGUCAUCACAGACAUGACGAACGGCAUCUGAGGCCUGGCCGGGAUUCCCUUUUCCCAACGAACUGCUGAGCAGAAGCGGUUGGGAAACUGAGGCUGAGGCGGGGAGGGGGGGGCCCGGAGCCCUGCCGGCCCCACCUCUCCGCGCCCCCGCCCCCCCUGGCGCCUCACGCCAUUCCGAGAUUUCAGGAGGCGGGAAGGCCGGCGGAGAGAAGCCGGAGCUUCCCGGGCCAAAGCCGCCUCCUUCGCUGGGACUCGGAAUAUGGACUCGGAAUAUUCCCUUCUUCAGGAACGAUCCUGGGCAAAACUUGAGUUUCCACUUUGUCCCGGGGGGGGGGGGGGGGAAGUCGCACAACGAACGGUACUGGGUUAAGUGCAGGAAGCGGAAACAUCGCGCUAACCUGCCGGAACGAGGGCGAAGGCAAACUGAAGCAAGUGGACUAUGAUCGGUGUGUGUGCCAAAUGUACCUCAUCAAAUACCUGAAUGUAUUCAUCACAGAGUUGUAGUGCGUUGUACGGGCCCGGAUCGCCCCUCGGUACUGCUUUUUUUAGGAGUAUCUCCGUCCGGGGCAAUGCUGUCCCGGCCCUGUCUGGAACCCUGGGAAAGGUGUAGUCUUUUUCCUUUUUUUUUUCUUCCUCCAUUUCUUUUUAUCAGCUCCUGUGUUCAGUGACGUUUUUAGGCUUUGCACAAUGUGUCCAGGAGUAUGGGGAGAGGUCGUGGCCUUUUUUGUUUGUCUUUUAAGCAUUAUUUAUUUUGUUUUACUUAUUUGGAAGUUGCCUCAUUUCCCCUGAUGGACAGCCAGACAGUCAGUCAGACUCCAUUUUCCGUUAUCUGUCUUUGUACUUCUCUGAUUCUCUCUGAGAAUCGGAACCUAUUUAUAUUGAGCCCCUUCCCGAAUCUGCCGACCUUUGGUUGGCUCAAACUAGUAUCGUAUUAUGCUUCUGCUAUGCGGUGGUGGUAAACUUUUUUAAAUAUUAAAAGUUUUCGGGGUGUUUUGUAUUUAUAGAGAUGCAAAUUACUGUACGCCUGGUUAAAUAUUCUGUUUACCGUUAAGUUAAAUGAACGAGGAAGCAUCAGUCCCCAAUGUUGGAGAACCAAAAUCAGUGUUCAGGGUCAACCAAGGCGCUGGCCUGUGCCCACAAAACCAAGGCCGAACCCCCGGAACCUUCGUGGUAGGAUGGAAUAUGUUGCACUACAUUCCGUAAGGAUUGGGUGAAUGCACUGGAUCACGCUGUAUGUGAAGUAUACCUAUCAACAGUUCAGUAAUUAAUUAGCGUUCAAUUCAUGGAUCAAAAACAGAUCAGUAAAUCAAUAUUUUUUUAAUGUACAGAGGUAUACUGUUUGUGUUCUUUCUGUAACUUGUAAUAAAUGCAUUGAGUCUCCUUUG